AAAGCUGUUUAAUAAAUCUAAAGUUGGAUAAGGACGGUAUCUUUGACCAAUGUGCAUUACAAACAGCUUCAAAAUGAGACUGGCAGGAGAGCGAUGGCAGUACCAUCCAGCACCAAUAGCAACUCCCCACUUCGAGGAAUCCUAAGGAGGAUUAGCAGUCGUCCAUCGCCACAAUCGAAACAACCGAUCUUUGCCGUCGUUGCCAUUCUGGUUUUCCUCGUAAUCCUGGUCCAUCUGCCACUGAACGAGUCUUCUAUCUAUCAUCAAAUGAUCCGACAAGGUUCUUCCUCGAAUGCCAAGGCGUUCUCUCUCUUGGUGACGCUGCAAUUUCAAGAUGACUCUGCCAAGAAGGAAUUUUUGGAAAUUGCUCGACCCAUGAUGGACUAUGUGUACAAGAAUGAACCCACCACUCUGGGCUAUGAACUGCUGUUUUCGGAUAAAGACCCUUUACAAGUGCUCUUUCUGGAACGUUAUGUGGACAAGGACGAAGCUUACCUAAAAAUUCACAAGUCGAGUGCGGCCUUUUUGACCUUUCGACCCAAGCUACAGGCCCUGCAACAAGCAGGUCGAGUGACCAUGUCAGGUAACUCGUAUGAAGACUCUGGUUUCGGGUUUAUGGGACGUACCAGCAGUUAGUUUUUUGUUGUUGGUGCAUGCAUGUAGCUCAGAGGGAAGUUAUAGCUAACAUCGGUAUCAGGAAUCUACAAUUCACACGAGGAAUAUUUCCUAAUACUAGCCUACUUACAAGUGGGCCAUCAAAAACUGAAACAUUAGCUAAAGGCACUGCCUCCUACCGUACCAAUUUGCUUCGGGCACCAGAACUCUCCAUUGGAGUUUGCUCAGUUUUAAAAAUAUUCUGGUGAAUAUUGAGAAACGAGUCUGAUAUUAGUAGCAGAACGGCAAAGAUCAGCAGAACCCAGACUGAGCUCUACAUACACUACAAGGACGUCAAACUGGAGUACCAUGAAGGUUUCUUGGCAUUACGAAGGAUGACGCGUAUACAUGUAGCCGAGCUGACUAAGUUAGACUUGUACUUGCUAUUGUCGUGCUUUUAAUUUGUUGU